AUGGCUUGGCAGCGGCCAGCUGCGCUUGCGUCUGGCUUGAGCCCGGCCAGCAACGAGCCCUUCUCCUGUCCGCCUGGCCACACACGGCGGUCGGCGCCUGGGCGACGGUCGAUAGACAUUGAUACUCAUUCUACUCAUCGAAUAAGCGUUGUCAGAUCACGGUGCUACACACACUGGUUCAGUGAAUCUGCAGGUGCUGCUAAUAUGGAAACAUACACCACCGACGACGCUCUUACCCUCAUCGGGUUUGGAAAGUUCCAAGCACUUGUCCUUGCGUAUGCAGGAAUGGGUUGGCUUACAGAAGCCAUGGAGGUUAUGCUAUUGUCAUUUCUUGGACCAGUGGUGCGGGAAGAGUGGAAUGUCUCUCCCCAAGAUGAGAGUCUGCUAUCCAGUGUUGUGUUUGCUGGCAUGCUAAUCGGAGCUUGUGCCAGGGGCUUUAUUUCCGACAGAUACGGAAGAAAGAGUGGGCAGUGGGCAUGUAUUUACAUCUUGGUUCUUGGAGUUUGUUCCAGCAGGAAAUCGUGGCACUUGGAUGGUUAUUUUUUCCUUUUUCUGGACUAUUGGCACAGUCUUGGAGGCUUCACUUGCAUGGGUAUGGCAUUUGUUCCUUCACUACAACUCAUUGUUUUCCCUUUUUCAUUCCAUGGUUUUCUUACAGGCUGUACUAUCAGCAUUAAGUUGGAGGUGGUUUCUGGCAUUGACCGCCCUUCCAUGCUUCCUCUUGCUUCCUUUCUUCAGAAUUACCCCGAGUCGCCACGCUAUCUUUGUGCACAGAAUAGAAUGACUGAUGCAAGGCUUGUCCUGGAGAGAAUGGCCAUUGCAAACCAAGCAGCUCUUCCUGUGGGAGUUCUCACAUACCAUCAAGAAACAAAGACUGAUUACAUCACUCAUGUUUCUGAGGAUGAACACCUUAUUCCAGUCAGAGAGAAGGAACAUACAGUUAGGAAUGCUAUUGGAUCCAAAUCUGGUGCUAUUGCUGCAUUGCGCGAGCUAUUAUCACAUAACUUGCUCAGAUCAACUCUUCUUCUUUGGUUUGUUUACUAUGCAAGUUCCUUUGCUUAUUAUGGGAUAGCAUUGCUGACAUCGCAACUAAGUGAUGUGAAUAGAAGCUGUAAAUCUGGUCUGAUCUUUGAAGUGCACCAAAACGAUGGAAAUCUUUAUAAAGAUACUUUUAUCACUAGUUUAGCAGGUAGAAUACAGUGUAUCCGACAUCUGUUCGCUCAACGGGGGUCGGAAUCGCAACCGCCAUUGGUAAGAUUAGCGGGGUUAUUUGCCCGGAACUGCCACCAGAUGGAAGCAGUGCUGGUGUUUGAGCUGGUGGUGUUCCUCGCCGGAGUUGCCUGCAUUCUCUUCCCUGUAGAGACCAAGGGCCGAGAAAUGGACUGA